GGGGGUGCUGUGAAACACAGUCGGGAUCCAAAAACUUACCAAAGCUAGUUGCAGUGCUGCUGCAUUCGGUCUCCUCUCCAUCACUGGACACUCCCCUCUCCCUCUGCUCCUCCUCACUGACCACUUACUCCUGAGGAGACCCUGAGUAAACACGGUUGAGCACUCCAAGUAUCAUGAAGACGUUUCCACAAGAUACUUAGCCAUCUGAUGACUGAUAUUAAAACACAAUGUGAAGAUUCGAUUUUUCAACCCCUGCGGUGCUGGCAAAGAACUUGAAUGAGGCUGUUAUGACAGAGGCGAUUAAUGAUCAAUAAAGUGCUCACAAGGGUGCCGUUUACUCAAGGCCGUUUCUAAAAUGUGCGAACGUGCAGAGCCCUUCACUGUGGGAGCGUUAAGAAACAACAACCAGCAGGGGGCUGUGCUGGCUGAUGGCGAUGCUAACGCUAAUGACAUCCACGCAGAAAAUGCUGGAGUGAGGGGUGACAUGAGCACUCAGUCAGCAGCAAUAAAUGAAACAGCAGAACAGGAUAAAAUUAUUAUCUGGGGUACAGACUCCCAGUGUGACGACCCGGAGCUGGCUGAGUUUGAGAUGCUGGAGUGUCAGGAGCUGGAGGCUUACCUGGUGGAGGACGGAAAUGACUUUGUUGGCCUUGCAGAACGGAAGGAGCUGCUUGGACAGUCUUCCUCCUGCAGCAAAGCCACUGCAGAUCAUGUCCAAGAUUGUAAGAGCUGUGAGAAGGAAACGAGUGUUUCUCUGGUCUCUGAGAGCAAAGAGGCGUCCAGGACGGAGUUAAACUCGGAAACAGACGUCUAUGUAUCUUGUCUGUCCACCAUUUCCGGCAAGUCUCAAAUAAUAGACUCUUGGCAGAUGACCACUGGCCCCUAUUCUACAGCCUCAGAAGAUCUGACACUUCCCUCUCAAACGUGUAAGGCUGAUCACUCCCAUCUCUCCUCUCCAAAAAACUCCAAAAAACAAAAAGAAGUCGACAUUAAUUUGAAUUUAACCCCUGACGCAAAAGAUGUUGUAUUACAAGCACAAGUGAGUAAUGGAGUUCUCUCCAAAACGAUUGUUGGUGACGAGCACAGAAGAAACAAUAACCAAAGAAAUGAACCAGGCCGAGGGAUUUUAGAGAGGAAUGGUGAUCAAGGAAGAAGUCAGCACAAGGAUUUACCAAGAAGCAAAUUAUCACAUGAAGAGAGCGGUACCAAAAUGGACAAAAGCACACAGGCUGACGAGCACCCUGAGUUAAAUAACACCCCAGUCGCAACAGGUACGAGGGAGAAUCAGCCGUUGAGUCAAAACAGAGCCAUAAAGAAACAAGGAUCCUUUGAUAACACAUUCAAAAAACAAAACUCUUUUGACAGGUCUUCUAAGAAGCAGCCGUCAUUUGAGAACGGUUUUAAGAAGCAGCUCUCCUUUGAUAACAGUUUAAAAAAACAGGACCCUUCUCAGAAAACCGUCAACUCCAACUCUUCAAGCUUAGAACGGAGAAAGCCAUGGGGAAGCCCCAGUCGGUCAGCAAGUUCACUUUCCUCAAAAACCGCAUCCAGUUCACCCAAGCGACGACCACCUGCAUCACCAGCCAAGGUUCAAGGAGUGAGGGCGCUGAGCCUGGAGCGCAGCAGUUCUCCCCAGACAGGUUUAAGUCACGCAGGGAAGUCGCCGGGAAAGAUGUCAUCCAGUAGUGGCAUUCCCAAACCUGUCAUACCUCAGCACAAGGAACCAGAACCAAGCAGGUCUUCUUCUCCCCAAAGGCCGAAAAAUGUCAGACCAAAAAUAAUCACCUACGUUCGGGCAAAUCAAGCGAAACCGCAGGUCACGGAUUCACCACAUGAAGCUUUGACGAGAUCAUCCUCUCACUCCAGUCCACCAGCUCCGAAAGAUUCAAAGGUCGCUCCCAAACCAAAAUCUACACCAGUGCUUUGUUCCUCCAACCUGCUGUUUGACAAAUAUCGACAGGAGAUGCAGAAGACUGGACACUGUCCUCCAGGAACAACUGGAGGGUGCAAGCCUUCGACUGGCACCGUCGCUCAGAGGUUGACAGCAAAGUCGGGCAGCUUCCAUGAAGAUGGACCGGAGAAACAUUACAAAGAGCAGCAAAGUUCCCAGGAAGGAGGCAACGUCUACUGUUCGCCUAAAACUCUGAGGCCUCAGCUGGGGUUAGCAGCCGUCAACAGGCAGCCUGCAGCCAAGUCAAGAGUCCCGCAAAUGGGCCAAAGACCGAACCAGGCUCCAUACCAGUCUAGUCAGGCAGCUGCUGUGUCCAACCAAGCGGGUGAGACGGAGGGGAUUUAAACAGAAAUAACACGAUACAGUAUCUUAGUAUACGGUUCAAUAAGAUAGAUACCAACAAUACAAUGUGAGAAGAUACAAUUUAAUGUAAUUUGUUCAAAUAAUACAUGAUAAUGUGAUGUAAAAAAUCAUUUUGGAAGUUCAGUCAGAAUAUAAUUUUUUCUAAUUCUUUGUUGUUCCAUUACACCUUCCUUCUCUUCCUGUAACCAAAAACCCUCUCCACACCUCAGUGACUCUUUGUCAUUAGGCCUUAUAUUAUUUACUUUCUGUCUUCAAUGAUAAUUGUUUACAUCAGUGUUAGUCUGUGUUCGUGUGGCCCAUUUAGAAUGGAUGGAGCUGAAAUGGGCCCAUUGUGUAUGUGCUCUUAGUAUUAUUUUGCUAUCUUUGAUGGUUAAUACUGUGUAGGAAAUUGCAGGAACUUAGCUUCUGUCUACUGGUUUUACUAUUUACUUUAAGACUUAAAACAACUUCAUCCUUUUAAUUGAAUGUGUGUAUUUUUCUUAAUCUAAAAGAGUUUGUAUGGUUUUCUAUUGAAAUGUAUUGAAAG